AUGCUUUGGUUGAAGUGGUUUCUUCAACAAUUGGGAAUGAAGCAGGAAAGGUACGAUAUCCAUUGCGAUAGUCAGAGCGCAUUGGAUUUAAGUAAGAAUGCGAUGUACCACUCUCGCACGAAGCACAUUAAUGUCAGAUAUCAUUGGCUACGUCAAGCAGUGAAAGAACAACAGUUCAAGUUGGAAAAGAUUCACACUGACGGAAAUCCUACCGACAUGAUGACGAAAGUUGUUACAGGGGGAAAGCUUCAGCUUUGUGCCGAGUUAAUCGGCAUGGAAUGCAUGUGA